GGGAGCAGAGGCUGUGACAGCCCCGGGGAGUGCGGGCAUGGCGAGGUUGGCCCCCCACGUGUCCCCUAAAUGGAGGGGCUUCGCUGUCAUUUUUGGGGAUCACGUCUUGCUGCUGGGGCUGCUGCUGCUCCCUGGGCACGGGGGUGCUGCUGGGACACGAGGGCCGAUGUCCCACGGAGAGCGGGUGACACCACACUGGCUCCUGGGGGGUCGCAGCCGGCGAGCCGUCAGCCUGGAUGAUGAGGUGCCAGCGCCGGCGCGGGCGGAGGUGGCUGUGAUGGCUGAGGGCAGAGAGCUCAUUCUGGUGCUGGAGAGGAACCAGCUGCUGGCACCAGGCUAUACUGAGACGCACUACACCACAGAUGGGCAGCCCGUGACGGUGACCCCCAACCACACGGACCACUGCCACUACCAUGGGCACGUACGGGGCCACAGGAACUCCUGGGUCGUCCUCAGCACCUGCUCAGGAAUGCGGGGCUUGAUUGCGGUGAGCAGCAAUGAUACCUACUACCUGCACCCUGUGGGGACACCUGAGCCGAACCACCACCUCAUCCACAGAGCAGAGCACCUGCACAUCCCUGGUGGCACCUGUGCCCACGGCAGUGACUUUGGGAACACUAUUGAUGACAUCACCCGGCUCUUCCAGCUGGUGGACCGGCGGGUGAAGAGAGAUGCCUGGAGGACCAUGAAGUACAUGGAGCUCUUCAUCGUUGCUGACCACACGCUGUUCAGGAACCAGAACCUCAACCUGGGCCUCACCAAGCAGCGAAUCGUGGAGAUCGCCAACUACGUGGACAAGUUCUACAGGUUGCUGAACAUCAAGGUGGCCCUGAUUGGACUGGAGGUGUGGACGGAGCGGGACCAGUGCACUGUCACCAGCGAUGCCAACGCCACGCUCUGGGCCUUCCUGCAGUGGAAGAAGGCUCUGAGGGCUCGCAAGAAGCACGACAACGCGCAGCUGCUGACCGGGAAGACAUUCCGGGGGACGACCAUUGGCAUGGCCCCACUGGAGGGAAUGUGCAGUGCAGACAACUCCGGAGGGGUCAGCGUGGACCACUCGGAGCUUCCCAUUGGAGCAGCAGCCACCAUGGCCCAUGAGAUUGGCCACAACUUCGGCAUGAGCCACGACAGCCAAGGCUGCUGCGUGGAGGCCACCCCGGAACAAGGAGGCUGUGUGAUGGCAGCGGCCACCGGGCACCCCUUCCCACGUGUCUUCAGCUCCUGCAGCAAGAGGCAGUUGGAGAACUACUUCCAGAAGGGAGGUGGCAUGUGUCUCUUCAACCUGCCCGACACCAAGGACCUGGUGGUGGGACGGAAAUGUGGCAACGGCUUUCUGGAAGAUGGAGAGGACUGUGACUGUGGGGAGGUGGAGGAGUGCACCAACCCAUGCUGCAAUGCACACAACUGCACGCUGAAGAUGGGGGCUCAGUGUGCCCAUGGUGACUGCUGCCAGAACUGCAGGCUGAAGGUGGCUGGGACCAUCUGCAGGGAAGCAGCAGGAUCCUGUGACCUCCCUGAAUACUGCACUGGUGCCUCACCCUACUGCCCAGCCAAUGUGUACCUGCUGGAUGGCUCGUCCUGUGCCUAUGGUGAGGCAUACUGCAACAAUGGCAUGUGCAUGACCCACCACCAACAGUGUGUCCAGCUCUGGGGACCAGGAGCCUGGCCAGCCCCAGCUGCCUGUUUCCAAGAUGUGAACAUGGCUGGGAACACCUAUGGCAACUGUGGCAAAGACAGCCAAGGGCGCUACGUGAAGUGCGACAAGAGAGAUGCCAUGUGUGGCAAGAUCCAGUGCCAGAGCUCAGCCAAGAAGCCCCAGGGGACCAACACUGUCUCCAUUGACACCACCAUCCGCUUCAAUGGACGGGAGGUGAAGUGCCGGGGCACCUACAUGUACACUGCCAAGGAUGAUGAAGAAGACCUCUCCGACCCUGGGCUGGUGAUGACGGGGACGAAAUGUGGAGAUGGAAUGGUUUGCAAAGACCGCCGGUGCCAGAACGCCUCCCUUUUUGAGCUGGAGAAGUGCGUUUCCCGGUGCAACGGCCAUGGGGUUUGCAACAGCAACAAGAACUGCCACUGCAACGCGGGUUGGGCUCCUCCAUACUGCGAGAAGCCGGGCUUGGGAGGCAGCGUGGACAGUGGCCCCGUGCAGCAUGACAAUCACGAAGCCAUCUUGGUAACAAUUCUGCUCAUCUUCCUGCUCUUCCUCCCGGUCCUGGUGGGGAGCAUUUACUUCUGGUACCGGCGGGAGAACUCGCUUCUGAAUAAGUGGAUCAAGGAGGUGAGGAGGAGGAGCCGGGAGACAUACAGGAACACAACCUUCGGUCGGAAGGCAACCAGUGGCCAUUCCAAAGCUGCUUUCACCUUACGGAACAUUUCCACCUCCAGCCAUGAUAACAAAGCGGCGCGGGCUGCGUUCCCCCCCAAAACCUGCCCUCGCCAACCUGGCUUCCAACCCGUCAACGUUGUCCAUCCCUUUCGACCACCUCCUCACUCCAUCCCUCCACGCCCAAGGGACCCCAAGCCUGCCAGACCACCUCCUCCAGCCAGCAAGUCGCCCAUGGUCCCCACCAAAACAGUCGUCUCUCAAGCAAAGCUGCCUCCUCCUAAGAAACCUCUUCCCUCCAGCCCUGUGAGGACGCCAGUGGUGGGCCCAAAGCACCAGCCGCCACGUCGGCCACUGCCUGGAUGUCCUUUUCUGGCCAAAGAGCUGCCUCCUGCACAUGGACAGACCCUGCUGGUCACGGUCCCUCCUACCAACUUCAAGGCCUUUGGUACAAGUGCCACGAGCCACUCGACGAGGCCAUCCAAGCCGAUGCCACCUCAAAGGCCAGUCCCAGCCAUCAAAGUCCAGUCAACCUCCUUCCCCUUGAAGAAGUGACAAACCAAAGGACACCUUAAGCCCAUCCUUCCUGAGCUGGCUCUCCUGAUUUGCACUGCUGCUGGCGACAGGGGUCUUCUAUUCCUCUCAUUUUAUUUGUUGGGUAUUUUUUUGUUUUUUUUUUGUUUUUGUUUUUGUUUUUUUUUAUACCAGAGGACUAUUUUUAUAAGACAGAAUGAGUACUCAGCACAAAACAGUAGUGGUGGGGGGAGGAGAGGGGAAAUUGGUACCAUGGUGUAACUGAGGGUUGUAGUGUGGGGUUACCACGGUGGAAACUCCACCACAGCUCUUGGCAUCACUUCUUUGCCAGUUUACCCACCAGCUUUGAUUUCUUAUUGACAUUGCACAUGGGCUGGCUGGGGUGACCUGGGGUCAACCAAAAGCUGUGUAAUAUCCUUCUAGCUACCUCCUCCUUCCCCUCCAGUCAUGGUGAGAUCCCCCACCGCCCACUGCCACCAGAGUUCAAUGCUGGGCAUUGUCUCCGGGGAGACAUUUGCCAUGAGACAAAAGUGGUUGCCAGUUUGGACUGUGCCAUCUGGUGCUGGGACAUAUCCGUGAAGGAUCCACGUUCUCAGGCUCCUCCUGGCCCCCCUACCUGAUUGCACAAGAACAGACAGUGACAACCCUGGGGCCGCACCUGGAAGGAGAAGCCAUCUGGGAAAUGGUUUAAUGUCUGCAGUGCUAGUGACAGCUGGUUACCAGGGUGCUUUCAAGGGGCUCAGGAGCUCUUCAAAAACGUUGCAUUUUCCCCACUCAUGGGGCAAGCCCAGAAGUGGUUUGUGAGCUGCUAUCACUGCUGUCCGAAGUGGGAAGGAGCCACAAGCCAGGAACAAGAGUGGGAAGACCUCCUGCCUGUGCUGUUGGCUUGCCCAAAGGCCUUGGCCAAGCCAUUGCGUCUCUCUGUGCCUCAGUUCCCCCCAUCUGUAAUAUGGGGGGUAAUACCUACCUCACAGGGAUGUUGUGAGGUUUAACGAACUGAUGUCUUGAAAGGGCUUUACAAUCCUCAAAUGAAAGGUGCUCUUGACUUGCACAGUA